AAUGAAUUCUUCAACUUUCAUUUUCACGUCUGAUGCAAACAUGGACAAUGCUGUCAUUUUGUCUUACUUCAACACACUGGUCAAAGAGGAUCCAGAUCUCUCAGCAGCUGUUGCAGCCAUUAAAACUUUAUUGCAUUUCCUUGAAAACAACAAAAUUGAAACAUUGGCUGAAAUGAGAGACAGACUGAAGGAGGCAAUUAAGAUAUUGACUGAAACAGACAGUAGUACUACUUCUAUCUCCUCUGCUGGAGAGCUCUUUCUUCGAUUCAUCACCCUCACUAGUCUGGAGCACCCAAACAUACAGGAUUGUCAGAGAAUACUGGUAGAAAGAGGAAACCUUUUCCUGAAUAAAAUCAAGAACUCUCGUCAAAAAAUUGCCAAACAAGCUCAGCAGUUUAUUAGAGAUGGCACAACUAUCUUGACACACUCAAAGUCCAGAGUUGUUUUACAAGUGUUAAAGGAGGCCCAACAAUGCAACAAAAGAUUCCAUGUAUAUGUAACAGAAUCUCUACCCAACAAAUCAGGUGUGGACACGUACAAUGAACUUCAGAAAAUGGAGAUCCCAGCUACACUUAUUUUGGAUGCUGCUGUUGGAUAUGUCAUGGAGAAAGUGGACAUGGUUCUAGUUGGAGCUGAGGGGGUGGUAGAGAGUGGAGGAAUCAUUAACAAGAUUGGGACAUACACAAUGGGACUGACAGCAAAAACCAUGAAUAAACCAUUUUAUGUGGUGGCAGAGAGUUUUAAAUUUGCCCGUUUAUAUCCACUAAACCAACAAGAUCUACCAAAUGAAUUCAAGUACCAUGCGAGCACCUUAAAAUCUAGUCCAGACCUCAGGAAGGAACACCCACUGGUUGAUUACACUCCACCGUCCUACAUUACUCUGUUAUUCACAGACCUUGGUAUUCUCACACCCUCAGCUGUCAGUGAUGAACUCAUUAAAUUAUACUGCUAAAACAA